AUUUUAGGCCCUGCCCGUUACAAAAACAAUUUUGAACCGAACCUAAAUCGAGGGCUAGACUUUAACCAAGUUCUGAGUCAACAGUGGGGCGGUGGCAGUGAUAUAUUCUAGGAAAAACAGCCGUGGGAGUGGCAACGGCAUCAGCGGGUGGAACAGAGCAGAGCGGGUGGUGUGGUGGUGGCGGCACGCAUUCUAUUUAGGUUCCCUCUGCUGAAUGUACUGGCGCUGGUUGUGGCUCUGCAUUAAGAUGAUCUACCAGCUGCUGUGCUGCUCGGUGAGCAUGAUCUUCUUCUGCUUCAACGUGUUUUGGCUGUUCUGCAACCUGGCCAUACCCUGGUGCACCCUGAGCCUCGUCGUCGUCUGUGUGGCCUCCAAGUUCGUGAAGCUGCAGCGCAGUCCCAACGAGAAGCGGCUCCUCAGCCUGCUGAGCGCGCCGGAUGAUUGGCCGAGCUACUGGCCCAUCGCUAAUCGGGCGGCCGGCUACGAUGCGCCCGAGAACUCGAAGGCAGCAAUCAAAAAGUGCCUAACACGUGGAUAUCGGAACGUGCUUCUCGAUGCCGGUCUCACAUCCUGCGGGGAAAUUGUUAUAGCUAACCCCAGUCGCCUGGCUGUGGCUCAGCAGCCGUUGAGCGAGCUGCAAAAACUCAACAUCACGGAGCAGCAUCCUAUGGGGUCCCACUUCGAGGCAGAGUCAGUGACCACGCUAAGGCAGCUCUCCGACUAUGUGGAGGCGGAGGCUACCUCGGCCACGCUCUUCCUGCGCCUGCACGACAACAGUGCCCGCAUGCUUGACCAGCUGCAGAAGUUUAUGGCCGCCAAUGAGGCGUUUACGCAGCGAACAAUUGUUAUUAGUCGCUCGCCGCUUGCCAUUUAUCAGCUGCGCAAACUGCGUCCGGAGAUCAUUUGUGGCCUGUGGCAUGAGACCUAUCUAUCGCUGGCCAUACUCAAAUCCUCCACACUGAUUACCUCAAUCUAUGGUGCAAUCUUUCGCAAUAUCAUUGCCCCCGUGAUCGGCAUAAGCGUCGUUUUUCUCAGCAAAGAAGAGUUCAAUUUGCACAUUGCCGACCUGUGGCGCAAUGUUGGCGUCCGUCCAAUCGUCUACAUGGUGAACUCGCCCAACGAGAAGCGCUAUUUUCAGAAGACCAUGAAGAUCCAAUAUUUGACCGACUCGCUGCGCUCCGAGCCGCAUCUACUGAUGAAGGCCUAAGGUGUUCCACUCACCAGCGAGGAAGUCAACGAACACAACUCAGACAACUCAGACAGGAGCGCACAUACAGAGAAACUGUUUGCAUUUAGCUGCGCCACACUUAAUUCUUAAGAGUAAUUCGUUUUUAGUGCCCACGUUCACUCCCCUCCCCCACACUCGAUAUGUGUUUAUAAAAUGCGUUUUUAGUACGUGUUCCGUAUCUGUAGAAGCUUUUGAAAGUAUUACCCGUUGUGCACCAGUACCACUAGCUGUACCAGUGAGAUUGAAGCUGUAUAUUUAUGUCUGAAUAGGUUUUGUGCUUUAUUUAUUGUCCGCUACAGGAUGCUUUUUAUAUUUUAUUUUUUAUAUUGACGUCCUGUUUGUUUAUUUUUAUAUAUGUUUUCUAUUUAAUUAUGUCUAUAUUUUCAUAUACCCUGCCUGAUAUGUUCUGUUCUCAAAUUUUGUACGAUAUUUCUACACAUGUACUAUACUCGCAUGUACACAAAUGUAUACCCCAUAAGGUAGUAUAUUGCUUUUUUGAUGUGCUCUAUAUAUGUAUGUAGUAUAUACAAACAUACACGCGCAGCUUUUCUAGAAUGCCGAACAUUUGGCCAUUUUUCACGAAUGUUCCCAUUGUUAUGCAGAUCCCAAAAGAAUAACUUGUCUAAGACCAAGUCCCGACAACAAAUACAAUUAAGUUUCUUACGUCUAAUCCGAGAA